GUCGAAGAAUUCAUAUUUGUAUACCGAUUCUUAUGAGCCAAUUGUGUAUAGAACUUUUGGUGUCGACCAAUCUAAUUGGAAUAUAAUAGCACUACGAAUAAAAGAUAUUUUUGAUGGAAUAAUGGCUAGAUGUCGUGGGUUCGGAUAUCCAGAUUAUGAUGGCAAAAAACAAAUAGAUCUUUUUAAGGCCCGAAUAGCUGGAGAAUCACCUUUAAUUUUACCAUCACAUACUCCAAUUACUCCUGCUAUUACAAAUAAAAAAACUGCUAAAAAAGAAAUUAUCGAAAAGAAAUGGACAAAAUUUUUUAAAGAUUUGCAUUUAAAAAAAAAGCAAUCACAGACCAAUAUAGAUUAG